CGCCGGAGGGGCCAGCUGGUGCCUCCCGCGGGGCGGGGACAUCGGUUUCUGGUUGACACCGCCUUCCUGCCCCUCCCCUCGUGGUGCACUGCCCGCCCCUCCUUCCUGUAGCCACCCCUGAAGCGGCAACAGCGGCGGCCGGGAAGGGGGCGGUGAGUGGCCCGCGCGACACGCGCCGGCCCCGACCCUAUGCAGUAACUUGCGCGGCGCGGGCGCCUCUUGUCCCGCCGGCGGGGACUAGGCUUCCCGUGGCGGAAUGUUCUCCCGAAGAAGCCACGGGGAUGUGAAGAAGUCCACCCAGAAGGUGCUGGACCCCAAGAAGGACGUGCUGACCCGCCUGAAGCACCUGCGGGCGCUACUGGAUAAUGUGGAUACAAGUGAACUUAAGCAGUUUUUUGAGACCAACUAUUCUCAGAUAUAUUUCAUCUUCUAUGAAAAUUUUAUAACACUGGAAAAUAGUUUGAAAUUAAAAGGAAAUAAUAAGUCACAAAGGGAGGAGCUGGACUCCAUCCUCUUUCUUUUUGAAAAAAUACUGCAGUUUCUACCUGAACGAAUUUUCUUUCGAUGGCAUUACCAGAGUAUAGGUUCAACUUUAAAGAAGCUUCUACACACUGGAAAUUCUAUUAAGUUACGAUGUGAAGGAAUCAGGCUGUUUCUUCUGUGGCUUCAAGCACUUCAGACAAACUGUGCUGAAGAGCAGGUGCUGAUUUUUGCUAGUCUUGUGCCUGGUUUCCCAGCGAUCAUGUCCUCCAGAGGGCCCUGUACACUGGAGGUGCUCAUCAGUCCCGGCCCUAGUGCCGCUGACGCAAAGAUAUAUCCAGAAGAAAUCACUCCACUCCUGCCCGCCAUAUCGGGGGAAAAGAUCCCUGAGGACCAAACAUGCUAUUUUCUUCAAAUACUGUUGAAAUAUAUGGUUAUUCAGGCUGCAAGCUUGGAGUGGAAAAAUAAGGACAAUCAAGAUACUGGAUUUAAAUUUCUUUUUACGUUGUUUCGAAAGUAUUAUCUUCCUCAUUUAUUUCCAUCAUUUACUAAGUUAACAAACAUCUACAAACCUGUACUUGAUAUCCCCCAUUUAAGACCAAAGCCAGUGUACAUUACUACAACUCGAGACAAUGAAAAUAUUUACAGUACAAAAAUUCCGUACAUAGCAGCUCGUGUUGUUUUUAUUAAGUGGAUUUUAACUUUCUUUUUGGAAAAAAAGUAUCUAACUACCCCACAAAACACUAAAAACGGAGUUGAUGUAUUGCCUAAAAUCAUGCAGACUGUUGGUGGUGGUGCAUUGCAAGAGAGGGCGCCGGAGCUGGAGGGUGGCGGGCCCGCAGAGCCGGACAAAAACCAUUCUAACAGCAGCACCUUGUCUGAUCGGAGACUCAGCAACUCGAGCCUUUGUAGCAUUGAGGAAGAGCACCGCACUGUCUAUGAAAUGGUGCAGCGGAUCCUCCUGUCAACGCGAGGUUAUGUGAAUUUUGUGAAUGAAGUAUUUCGUCAGGCAUUUUUGUUGCCUUCCUGUGACAUAGCUAUAACAAGGAAAGUAGUUCAAGUGUACAGAAAGUGGAUCCUCCAGGAAAAACCUGUGUUCAUGGAGGAACCAGAUAAAAAAGAAGUUGCCCAAGAAGAUGCUGAAAAAUUAGGAGUUUCAGAGACUGGCAUCAAGGAGACCGCGUCUGAAAGUUCUGGUCAUAAGCGAUCUUCCAGUUGGGGACGAACAUACUCCUUCACCAGUGCUGUGACCAGAGGGUGUGUGACAGAAGAAGAAAAUAAGAAUGUGAAAGCUGGGGCCCAGGCUAUGUUGCAGGUAUUUUUGACAAACGCUGCAAACGUCUUUUUGCUGGAACCAUGUGCUGAAGUUCCCACACUCUUGAAAGAACAAGUUGAUGCUUGUAAAGCUGUUUUGAUUAUUUUUAGGCGCAUGAUAAUGGAGCUUACAAUGAAUAAAAAGACAUGGGAACAGAUGUUGCAAAUACUACUCAGGAUAACAGAAGCUGUCAUGCAGAAGCCAAAGGAUAAACAAAUAAAGGACUUGUUUGCCCAGAGCUUGGCAGGUUUACUGUUUAGGACGCUCAUUGUAGCUUGGAUCCGAGCAAACCUCUGUGUGUACAUUUCUCGAGAGCUUUGGGACGACCUCCUUGGAGUGCUAUCCUCCCUCACGGAAUGGGAGGAACUCAUAAACGAGUGGGCCAACAUCAUGGACUCCUUGACAGCAGUGCUCGCGAGAACUGUUUAUGGAGUUGAGAUGACAAACCUACCUCUGGACAAAUUAAGUGAACAAAAGGAAAAGAAACAACGAGGCAAAGGCUGCGUUCUAGAUUCUCAGAAAGGAACCACUGUGGGAAGAUCCUUUUCUCUCAGCUGGCGGAGCCACCCAGAUGUGACCGAGCCAAUGCGAUUUAGGAGUGCAACCACAUCUGGGGCACCAGGAGUUGAGAAAGCAAGAAAUACUGUUCGCCAAAAAGCAACCGCUAAGCGAAGCCAGUCUAUCAGCAACUGUGUCUACCUUUCUGAGGCUUUGCCCGCCACUAAAAGCGUCCCGCUCCUCCUUCACACCGUGAGCUCUCUCUUACCUGGUCUCUCUUACUCUUCUUGCUCUCACAGGCUGUCAGAAGUAGGAGAAUGUCAGCUCUCAGAAAAUGCACUUGUCGUCGAUUCUGGCCACCUGGUGACAGAGCAGCAGCAGCCAAUCUGUCGGAGUAGCAGCACACCUGAUGUCACGGAGCCGCUGUGCUCGGAGUCUUCUCAGGGUCAAAUGGUAGAAAAUGCACAGAAUUUGAGUUCUUCAGAGUCUAAGCCUAUUCAAGACAAUAAAGGAUAUGUGAAGAAAGAACAUGAAGGAAUAACAAUCUUAGUUCGAAGAAGCAGCAGCUCUGCUGAAUUGGAUUUAAAAGAUGAUUUGCAGUCGACGCAAGGAAAAUGUAGAGAAAGACAGAAGAGUGAAAGUGUUAGCAGUGACACAGCUCUGGGCUAUUCCAACGAGGCAGAGCUGUCCAUGAGCCCAUGGCAGACCUGUGAGGAAGACACAGAACUGAACACGCCUACAGAUGUCGGUGACUCUGAUGCUCGCCACUGGUUACAACUGGGUCCCACCGAUGCUUCAAACUUAACAGAUAGCAGUGAAUGCCUUGCAGAUGACUGUAGUAUAAUCGCUGGAGGGAACCUCACUGGUUGGCACCCAGACUCAGCCGCUGUGUUGUGGCGAAGAGUCUUGGGAAUCCUUGGAGAUGUGAAUAAUAUCCAGUCACCCAAGGUCCAUGCCAAAGUUUUUGGCUACCUCUAUGAACUCUGGUACAAACUAGCAAAGAUACGGGAUAAUCUAGCAAUAAGCCUGGAUAACCAGUCUUCGCCAUCUCCUCCGGUCUUGAUCCCACCACUCAGAAUGUUUGCAUCAUGGCUAUUUAAGGCGACAACAUUGCCAAAUGAAUAUAAGGAAGGCAAACUACAAGCCUACAGACUAAUCUGUGCCAUGAUGACCAGACGCCAGGAUGUUCUACCAAACUCGGACUUUCUGGUGCAUUUUUACCUUGUGAUGCACCUGGGAUUAACCAGUGAGGAUCAGGAUAUCUUAAACACCAUUAUAAGGCACUGUCCGCCCCGCUUUUUCUCCCUGGGUUUGCCUGGCUUUUCCAUGUUGGUGGGGGACUUUGUCACGGCUGCUGCCAGGGUCCUCGGUACAGACAUGCUGGCGGCACCUCGUUCUGAAGCCCUCACCAUUCUUGGCUCUCUCGUCUGCUUUCCAAAUAUCUACCGGGAGAUCCCUUUGCUGCAGUCAGUGCCGGAAGUUAGUGAAGUCAUUACAGGAACUGAAGAUGUCAAGCAUUACCUCAUAAAUAUUUUACUGAAGAAUGCCACAGAGGAACCAAGUGAAUAUGCAAGAUGCAUUGCCAUUUGCUCCCUCGGGGUGUGGAUAUGUGAAGAACUUGCACAGUGUACAAGCCAUCCUCAGCUGAAAGAGGCCAUCAAUGUGAUAGGAGUCACUUUGAAGUUUCCUAACAAAGUCGUGGCUCAGGCAGCGUGUGACGUUCUUCAGCUGCUGGUUUCCUACUGGGAGAAGCUUCAGAUGUUUGAAACACCUCUGCCUCUGAAAAUUGCAGAAAUCCUUGUGGCCACAAUUGCUUUUCUUUUACCAAGUGCAGAGUACUCUUCAGUGGAAACAGAUAAGAAGUUUAUUGUGUCUUUGCUACUGUGCCUCCUGGACUGGUGCAUGGCGUUGCCGGUGAAUGCCCUUCUCCACCCAGUGUCCACGGUGGCGCUGGACGAGCAGCCCUCAUCCAGAGCCCCCUUGCUGGAUUAUAUCUACAGGGUUCUGCACUGCUGUGUUUGUGGCUCAAACACAUAUACCCAACAGAGUCACUACACAUUGACCCUGGCUGACCUUUCAUCCUCAGAUUACGACCCUUUUCUGCCAUUGGCAAAUGUGAAGAAUUCUGAGCCAGUCCAGUAUCAUUCAUCAGCAGAACUGGGCAACCUGCUUACUGUUGAAGAGGAGAGGAAGAGACGAAGUUUGGAGCUGAUCCCUCUGACUGCCCGAAUGGUGAUGGCCCACCUGGUGAAUCACCUGGGACACUUCCCCCUCUGUGGGGGCCCUGCCGUGCUGCACAGCCUGGUUAGUGAGAACCAUGACAAUGUGCACGCGGAAGCCUCCGAGCUCUCCUCCGAGGUGUUCAGGAGCCCAAAUCUGCAGCUGUUUGUAUUCAAUGACAGCACCCUGAUCUCCUACCUUCAGAUACCCACGGAAGCACCGGGAGGCGGCCCACUAGUGGGUGCCCUCUCUGAUGUGAGAGUAAUUGUGAGGGAUAUCUCAGGGAAGUACUCUUGGGAUGGGAAGGUUUUAUAUGGACCUUUGGAAGUCUGCUUAUCACCCAACAGCAGAAACCCUUCAUUUCUGAUUUCGGGCUGGCAUCAUCAAACCUUUGGAUCUCAGAGAGAGUUUUCUCAAAUCGAGGAGGCAGAUGAUGUCCUCGACAAAUUACUUGAAAACAUUGGCCACACAAGUCCUGAAUGCCUUUUACCAUCCCAGCUAAAUCUAAAUGAGCCUUCCCCACCCCCAUGUGGAAUGAACCGUGACCAAGAAAAGGAAAUCAUCGAGGUCAUUUUACGCCAGAACGCACAAGAAGACGAGUAUGUUCAGAGGAGUAGCUCUGAUUCAGCCAUGAGAGUCACCAACCAAGAGCAGCUCUCACCAGUGGAGCCCCGAGGACCCUUUUAUUUUUGCAGGUUGUUGCUUGAUGACUUGGGAAUGAAUUCUUGGGACAGAAGGAAGAAUUUCCAUCUGUUGAAGAAAAAUUCAAAAUUAUUGAGAGAACUGAAAAAUCUAGACUCCCGUCAGUGCCGUGAAACGCACAAAAUCGCAGUGUUUUACAUUGCUGAAGGUCAAGAAGACAAGUGUUCAAUCCUCUCCAACGAAAGAGGAAGCCAAGCAUAUGAAGACUUUGUUGCCGGACUUGGAUGGGAGGUGGAUCUCUCAACCCACUGCGGGUUCAUGGGUGGACUUCAGCGCAACGGCAGCACAGGGCAGACUGCCCCUUACUAUGCUACCUCAACCGUGGAAGUGAUUUUCCAUGUUUCCACUCGGAUGCCAUCAGACUCAGAUGAUUCACUCACCAAAAAGCUCCGUCACUUGGGGAAUGACGAGGUCCACAUCGUCUGGUCUGAACACUCCAGGGACUACCGGAGGGGUAUUAUCCCAACCGCCUUUGGAGACGUUUCAAUCAUUAUUUACCCAAUGAAGAAUCACAUGUUCUUUAUUGCAAUAACGAAGAAACCUGAGGUUCCGUUUUUUGGGCCCCUGUUUGAUGGAGCCAUAGUGAGUGGGAAGCUACUGCCAAGCCUUAUAUGUGCCACGUGCAUCAAUGCCAGCAGGGCCGUGAAGUGCCUUAUCCCACUCUACCAGAGCUUCUACGAAGAGCGAGCUCUGUAUCUGGAAGCAAUAAUUCAGAACCACCGCGAAGUAAUGACAUUUGAGGAUUUCGCAGCCCAAGCCUUUUCUCCCUCUCCCAGCUACUCCGUCAGUGGAAUGGAUUAAAAUACGUAAAGGUGUCAUUGCAAUAUUUGAGCAAGGGUCCUGGCCGCCAGCCUGAGUGCCUACCUCAUGGUGCCUUUUGGCAAGAGGAGAUGGUUGAGAGUCCCGCACACCCCACACCUCAAACCUCCAAACCCAGAGACUUCGGAAACAUUGCUGCUCUGCUAUGGCCCUCAGCAAGCCUUCCCGUUAGCAGACUUCUGAAGUAAAGACAAAUCCCACCGGAAUGUUGCGGAUUGGACUUUCAAACUAAGUGGUAUCAUCUUGCCCUGAAACCUCACAAACCUUGGGCUUCAUAAGAAGAAAAGAGAAAGUCAACAACCAGAGACAAACCCACUCUCACGUGGGCAUUGGUGUGGCUGCUGCAGGCAGAGACAGCCAGAGAAGAUUAUGGGCUUUCAGGGAGGGGACGCAGAGUGGCUGGUUUCUGUACCCCAAAUUGUUUCCUCUCAUUGAGAAACCCAAGCAUGAUUCACAGAGGGGCCAGCAAAACAACUGUCAAAUUGUUGGAAGAAUUUUCUCUGCAUUUUACUCGUUCUUAUGUUAGGAUUUAUGAUUUCCUCAAAAAUUUCAUCAUCGUGGAAAUUGGCUUUCCCCAGGGUCUUUUGCCCAAGAGAAAUUUUACCUCGGUUGCUGAGUGUUUUUCCACCUUGUGCCUGAUGCCCACUAUCUAGGGAGAAGUUUUCCUGAUCAUCCUGGAGGCCCUUCAGUUCAUGACAAUGAUGCUUCUAGUCAGAUGUUUCUAGAAAUGCAAGGUCCUGUCCCUGUGAAAGCUGUGUAGGUAAGGAAGCUUCCAAGAGCCGCAUCAACACAAAGGCACAUGCCAGCUCAGGUGCUAGACUGAGACGGGCACCCCUGCAAUGCAAUGACCAUCUGUGUCCAAAAGCUUUGCCCUGCAGUUGUGCUCUCCUGCCUGCUGUUCAGAGAGGACCAUAGCAGGGACCUUAGAAAUAUUUCCUAUCGCACAGAGCUUUAGGGUAACAGAUUCCAAGCAAGGAUUUGAUUGUACUUUUCACUCAUUUGGCUCUGUGGGAGGCAUGAUGAGCCUGUUUAAAAAAUGGUGGGGGAGGGGAACAAAAAGCUCCACCUUCUGCCAGCACUUACCCUUGCUGGAGGUCUGUGGGUGUCAGAGACAGAGAAAUCAAUCAACGGGGAAGACCCCGCGUCUCACCUAGGCCCUCAGCCUGUCUCAGAUCUGGAGCUUUGCCUCAUCACCCAUUGCAGUCUUUGUCUUAUAAAUAGGUCAUGUCACACACACAGGUCCACAAUAAGCCUCUGACUCAGAACCAUGGGGGAGGAAGGGGAUGCCACUAGCUGAGGCCCCAGCUGUGAGAAAGGUGAGCCCACCCUCUGCUCUCAGCUCUGCACCGACCUGUGUCACCCUCAGCCUGCUUUGGUCACCUUUUGAGCCUUCUGCACCUACUCACCCAUCAGAGUGGUCGUUUUCACUGACCAGUCAGUUCUUUCUGUCAGCCAUCAAGAAGGUUUGCCUGGUACCUGACCUUUGAGGAGAAACUGGCAAACCCAGGAACCAGACUCCCUUUUGAGACAAGUGAGAAAGAAUUGAGAAAGUCUUUCCUAUUAGAAGAAUGGACCUUCUAAUUCUAGAGAGAAUUUGUUAUUUUGCUUUAUAAGAGAUUGCAGUUGGGGCCCAGGCCCACCAGACAGAAGCAGCUUGAGCGCGUCUGCAUGUAAGAGAGGAGGGACGUUCCAAAUUAGAAGAUAUGGCCUUAGUCAUUUGGGGCUGUUCUGUAAAUGGGGAUUUGUUCACUCAUUGGAGCUUAAAUGGUAAUAUAAAGGGUGACUGGGAGUCACAGCAGUUUCUGUUCUAUCAGCAAAUGUCAGCACUCGUGUUUUCCCGCCCUCCACACUCACCUUUUCAAUGGCUUGGGCUUUCUAGUUAGCACGGUUUGGCCCCGUCACUCAGACUCAAGACUGGUGCUGAGUUGCUUUGUUUCAUAUUUACAAAGUCCCCAGACCUCAUUCCUGCAGGGAAAGGCAUUGCAUGUUCCUGGGCUCCUGAGUCCCAUGGAGGCUCUGACGGGAAGUAGCUUCUAGGAGAACGUUUCAUUUUUAGGCUCUAGAAACCCCCGGUGUAGAACUUGGAUUUAUAGAAGUGUCAGGACUUGGAAGGCGUUUUGAACUCACCUGGACUUCUGUCAUUGAUUCCAUUUUACCUCCAGGAACCAGUCCUCCUGACCCUGCAGUGGGAGAUUCUGUUGGCAAAUAACUAGACCUUCCUGUCAUCCCCAAUGAUUUAAACAACUCUGUGACCCCCAGAUUAUAGCCAGCACGUUUGUGACUGGAGCUCUUUCUGAAACCACUAUUCUCAGUAUCAGUUUUGGUUUGAAAAUUUGGAAUGAGGUAACAGGGAAUAUGGUAAACAGGUUGGCUUGCAAUCACAUGGACUUGAACCGUUUCUGUUAUUUGGGGUAGAAAAUCGAAAUGAUAGAGUCUUUUUUUUUCUUUUCCACAUAGAAAAGCAAAUAUUGUGAUUUUGUAAUAAAUGCCUUUCAGCAAAAUUGCAGAGGGUCACUCAUCCGGUGGAGAACCACUUGAGUCACGGUGCUGACUUGUCACAUUAGGUCAGCCAUCUGUAAACAAAAGUGGCCCUAAUUGGCCCAAAAAGACUUGCUGGCUUCCAGGCAGGACCGAACGAACCAGUUUCCUCACUUCUCUGCACGCUGAUGUCCUGUAGUCUUACUGAGUAGGUUUUUGUACUUAAAAAAAAUAGUAAUGCCACAAAAUAAUGACUUAAAAAAAAUAGUAAAACCUUAAGUAGAAGUGAGCAAAUUUAGCAGCUACUAAGAGCUACAAGGAAGUGGCAGGGUUUAAUCCUUGAUGUUGUGCGAGGGGCUGGCUGACUGGACUCUUAGCCUUACAAACAAGAUCAUGUGGCUCCACAGUGUAAAUCAUGUCUUCCUGACCUUCCUCAGGUGCGACCACCUGCGCUUCAUUCACUACUACAUUUGUAUCAUCUGGAGGGUUGAGGGGUCCUUUAAAACUUACUGUGAUGUCUUACAUGUAACUUUGCUACUGUUAUGUCUAUUGAAGGGGAAUGUUCGCAUCUGAAGGGAAUUUCAAAAUAAACAACCAUUGUUUCAGUUGCACUCAAUAUCUAUGUAUGACAUACACAUUAAGUGAAUCUUUUCAGGUCUACAAUAUCUAGUACAUGUAAAUAAGGUAAAAAUUUGAUAAUAUGGUAAAUUAAGUUAUAGUGUGUCAUUUGAUUUUUAUUUUGCUAUCUUUUACUUAAUUUUCCUAAUGCUCCACAUCUGGGCUUAAGCCUAGGUGGCACAGACCUUUAUGUAUAACUCACCUUUGCAGGCAUGUGUGUUGUGCCAGGACACGCUCAGCAACGACAUGCCACUCCCAGGAAAGCACACAGCUCCACAGAUGACGGCCACUUGACUCUCCAGUUUACCCUCUUUUGCUCUUUAAUUCUGAGUGACUGUGAUGAUUUAAUAAAGUAGAAACACAGCAUUUAUGUGCCAUAUGUUUCUUUUGUUUUCGUUAUACUUUGUAGCAAAAUAAAGUUU